AUGCCGGCCAACCGCUCGCAGGCUAGCACGUCUGCUGCACCUGCAAAACGUAUCUCGAAGGCAUGCGAGUCGUGCAGGGUGCGCCGGACUCGCUGUAGCGGUGACGCGGACGGGUGUUCCGCUUGUCGGCUCGCAGGGCUCGCCGACUGUACGUACAGAAGCAAAGCGAGGCCGUCGCGACAACCUCGAACGCAUCGACCACUCCCGGGCGUGUCGAAUGCGGCGGCUGACGAGUUGAGGACAGUCGGGAUGCGGUCGAUUGAGGAGGAUCUCGAGGCGCGGUACAGGGAGGCUACAGGCACCUCGAUCUCUCUUGCACUCCCGGACGUCGAGACACAUCCUGCCCUCUCGCUCGACUCGCCUAUGCCAGCCUUUCUGCCCCUUACGAACGACGAGAUCGACUCUCUUUGCGACACUUUCUUCCGCGACAUUCUCAUCUUCUUCGGCUUCCUCUCUCCCACUCGCCUCAACGAGCUCAUCCGUCGACAUAGAACUCUGCCCGCAACCCUCACGCCAGACCAGCUCGCCUUGCUCUACGCCAUCUUCGCCCUCGGCUUCUUCCGUCAAGCGACCUAUGCACAACAGCCUGCUGCGCCCAAGGACGGCCCAGUCCCCUUUGCUCCGGGCGCAAACCGCCUCGACAUUGUUUUCUACCGCCACGGAAUGGCUUUGCUGGAGGUGCCGACGACGCUUACGGCGCUACAAGCACUGGUCGUACUACAGCUGUACGCCAUGUCCUCGACGACGGUCAGCGCAACGCGACAUCUCAUCUCGAAGAUGGUCUACUGCGCAGGCGAGCUGGGCUUACACUCGACGGCAGCGGCUUCGGCAUAUCCACCCGAGACGCAUGCGACAUCCCUCUCAUUCUACGUCCUCUUCACCGACACCUUCUACGCCGGCUUGACGGGCGAGAAGCCCUUCCUUCGCAUCUUCGACCGCGAGAUCUUCACCUCCGUCCUCCGCUCCGAAGGCAUCUUCACGCCGGCGAUGGUCCGCCUUGUCUGCCUCGAGCACGACUACCUCAAGGACGCGCACGCUCACCGGACAAAGCUGUGCGACCCGACCUUCGUUCUCGGUCACGAAGCGCACCUCUUCGCCUUCCUCCGCGACUUUGGCACGCAAACCGGCGACAGCACGAACAUGUCGUCAUCAUUCGCUACCACGCAUUAUCAAUUCCAGCGACUCCUCCUUCGAGCCCCUUGUGCCAGCGAUCCUCUCCUCGGCCACUCCUCCCUUCCUCUCCUUUCACGCGCCGCGGUCACCCUUAUCCGACACUAUCAGCACAUCUUCGAAACUACGCGUUACAUCAACUGUGCUUGGCCGGUUCUCGCUCGCGUCGUCGCGGCAGGCAACGUCGUCCUACAGUCGCAUUGGCGUGGCGAGAUGGUGCGGCAGGAGACGGAGGACGCCUUGAGCAUCUUGAUGUGGCUCCUCGGCAAGCUCGAGACGAGAUGGACAGCGGCGACAGCCGCACGGGCGAAUUUUGAGCUGAUCAUGCGGGUACUCGACCUAAGCCCUCCCGACCUGCCGUCGCCAGCUUACCUCGACUCGACCCUCAGCGCAACGCCUUCCUCCGCCCCGCUCCUCCCGGCUACCCUCCCUCCUCCUCCUCCUUCAGCAAACCCGCCGUCGCUACCCAACACUUCCGCCUCUUUUGACACUCCGCACCUUCCGGCGCCCGCAACGUCCUCCGCCGCCGACUACUCCAUCUUCUUCGCCGGCGCAGAUACCGCCUUCGCCGCAGACGGACCUCAGCAGGGCGAGUGGCAGUACAUGCUGAACGAGAUGCACGAGCUGUGGGGCCACCCGGGGUACUUGCAGGGAACAGGGCAGUAG